GGCCCAUCCUGGCUCCCAAGCAGCCGGAGAAGCUCCCAGGCUUCGGGCCAGCCCCUCCCUAGGUUCUCGGCUCCAGUCUUGGCUCUCUGCUUUCUCACUGGGUGAUCAGGGUCUAUUGUCCCUAUGCAAUAAAGAAACUGUCCUAACUCUCUGUGUCCUUUGUGUUGGCCCCCCGGGGUUUGUCCCCUCACCCCCCACACUGUUCUGUGCUCGCCCAAUCUCGUUCCUUGAGAACAACCUGGCCUUGGGGUGCAGGGUUUCCAGGUGUUACACAGAUAAAACUACACAGGAUCGUUUCAGGGAACAAGACCAGAUGUCUUGUUUAUUAUAAUAACACAAUUUGAUUUAAGACCAAUAUCUAAUACCCCCCCUCCCCCCGAUGUUCUGCAGCUGCAAGAUAGUUACCAGUCCUGACCAUAGCUUGGGUUUGUAGUUUGUGGCGGCUAACUGGCCAGGAAAGCCAGGCACAAGGAAGAGCUGGGUCUCUGUUGGGCACGCACCGAUGCCCUUCCAUGUUGGCAGCAGAAUGUUACCCUUCAAAAUCUUCUCCAUGCUUUUUGUAGGCUUGAGUUUGAAUCCAGAGUCUAUAGGUCUUGCUGUGUCACGCUGCCUCUGGGUUCGGUGUGAUUGAUCACCGUCAAUUGCAGACAUGACUUUCAGCCUGGGACCUGGCUUUGAUGUUCCUUCAAUUGUACUUUUGUUCUUUUCUUUUUAGGGUGGACUCUUCUUGCUUUGUCAGGGCUGUCUUCAGCCAUUGGUGUUUACACUUUAUUUCAUCAGGACGGGCUGGAGGUUGAGUCCAUCAUCCAUCCAUACCUCAUUCACACAUCUAAACUAAUAAGUUUACAGCAGGGUUUAGCAAAAAUGACGUGAGCAUUUUAAAAUGGAGUUUGGGAGAAGUUAAAAUGGAGUUUGGGUUACAACAUGGACAAGUGUAAGGAAUGGCCGACAGUGAACAGAAGUUACAAUAUAGACAAGUAUAAUGAAUGGCAAACAGUGAGCAGAAGUUACAAUGUGGAAGCAGUGCAAGUUUCAGUGAUUUAAGCAGCAAUUGGAUUGAAAGGGAAACUCAAUUAGCCAGUUAUUGGGGUACCUGGUUUUAUGAAUGAAUGUAGUUUCAUUCAUAAAACUUUACUUAUGAAGUUAUAUUAAUAAAGUGAACAAUUAAAAACAAUUUCAUUGAUCCGUUCUACACAGGGGGGUCACUCAUUGGGAACUGGGGUGCAGAAUCCACCUGUCUGCCUGCAGCUGGGGGCAAUUCUGGGUUUCCCCAUCUGGUUGCCCCAGAUCCCCCACUGGCCCAAGUGCUGCUCCCCAUUUUCCCAUGUAAACAUAGUGCCCCUAACCCUGGAUCUCCCUGUACCCCAGACUAGCCCCCUGGGGCUUUCUGCUCCCCUCUAGGGCCUGGGCCCUGCAGGAGUCUGCUGCUGUCUCCGCCCUCAUUGCCCGCCUUUAGCUCAGGUACUAGAGCAGUGGUUCUCAACCCACAGCCCAGUCAGCACGCAGCUGCAGCCCGUGUGACAUCCUCAGGGCCAUACGGGUAGUAUAUAGAUUGUGUGGAUGUGACCCACGUGACCCCUAGAGAGCUGCAUACGGUAAAUAGGUUGAGAACCAGUGAGCAAGAGGCUGGUGUCGUAAGACCCAACCCCAGUCUGAUCCUCACAUGACACUCAUCCAGGGACUUGUGCUCUUUCUGUCUCUUUCCACACAAACCUUUAUCUCCCUUGAGUUUUUAACACACCCCACCCCCUGCCCCAUCCUGGCCUGGGAAGGCGCUGGAUGGGAUGGGAAGGCAAUGGCUUCCCUCUGCAAUGAGUUUGUUGGGUCUCAGCCCUACUGGGCCCCACAAAUUUGCUCAUGUGCGCUGACUAGCCUGUGCCCCGGCAGCUCGGACGGGGAGGACAAGGACUGGACAGGCCAAGAGAGAGGUCUCCAGCAUCCCCCUCCCAUAUGAAGGGGAAAGACUCUACUUCACCCCCAGGCUAGCCAGGCCCCUGCCCUGGGGGCUGUAGGACAGUGAUUCUCAACCAGGGGUACGCAGAGGUUUGCAGGGGGUAUAGCAACUCAUCUAGAUAUUUUCCUAGUUUUACAGCAGGUUACAGGCUUCCCUUGGGGGAAGGGAUAGCUCAGUGGUUUGAGCAUUGGCCUGCUAAACCCAGGGUUGUGAGUUCAAUCCUCCAAGGGGCCAUUUAGGGAUCUGGGGCAAAAAUUGGGGAUUGGUCCUGCUUUGAGCAGGGGUUGGACUAGAUGACCUCCUGAGGUCCCUUCCAACCCUGAUAUUCUAGGAUUCUACAUAAAAAGCACUAGCAAAGUCCAUACAAACUAAACCUGUGACUCGGGAUCAAACGGCCUGAGGGUCCGGUGUAGGGGUUGCCAACCCUUCCGGAUUGGCCUGGAGUCUCCAGGAUGUAAAAAUUAAUCUUGAGUUAAAGAUGAUGCCAUGUGAGGCAAGCUCCGGGAAUACAUGCAGCCCAACCUGGCAGCCUGGCCCACUCCUGCGCCCAAGCUCCACGCGUGACCUCAUCAGCCGCGGGGGGGCGCCACCGAGCCAUGCUGUGGUAGCGUGGGGGCACAAGUCCAAGUCACCCCUGGAGUUUCCCCAAAGACCCCUCACCCCGAAAGGGACCCUUCGCUCCCCGCUGCCUUCUGGAGGCGGGCGCGAGACAACGGGGGACGGGCGGCCGCUCCGCCCCUGGAAGGGCGCGGCAGUGCCCAGCCGGCGCUGACCCGUGCAGCCGCCUCUGGGGCGCGGCGCGGCGGCUGUUCAUCGAGGGGGGUCCCUCCAGGCCCCCGGGGGAAGCGCUGGGGUCGGAUCUAGCGGGUUAAAACCAUAGAGCCGCCAGCCGGGCCGGGGGGAAGGGGAGGAGGCAGCGAAGGGAGCCACUUCCUGCUGCAAAAGUCAGCGGCUGCGGAUCCGCUCGGCAGCGCCGGGGCUGAGCGCCCCGGGCAGGCACGUGGGUCCCCGGGCGCCGGAUCCGGGUCUGCGAAGAGCCCGCCCCGGCCGGGCAGCCCAGAUCCGGCCCCCCGCGGCCCGGUCCAGGCGCAGGGGAGACGCAGAGUCCCAGCGAGACGCGGCCCCGGGAUUGAGAGAAACAGAGGCAGCAAAUCGCUGCCUGGAGCAAGCGGCCACGGGUCCGAGAUUCGAUGGCGCAGCCGGGCAGCCUGUCCCAGGAUGAGAUGGAGCAAAAUACACCCCUGGCAGCAGAGAACCAACCGCUUGCUGAGCAUCCAGAGGAUCCCGAAGCACAGCAGGGAACGGCAGGUACCGGGACGGAGGAGGAAAUUCCCCUGUGGGAAGGGCCAGUGGAACCGGAGCCGCACGGGCCGUCCCGGAGCCCCAAGGCGGGGGAGGCCAGUGAAUUGGGCCGGCAGAGGCGGGCGAAGCGGGAUGGUGAAGUGGCCCCACCAGGCCGCUCCUCCCGCGAGGGGCCCAUCAUCUGCGGGGACUGCGGGAAGAGCUUCGCCAAGGAGUCGGAGUUCGUCAAGCACGAACGCACCCACACGGGGGAGCGACCCUACCAGUGCCCCGACUGCGGGAAGGGCUUCACCAACAGCUCCAACCUCCUGCGGCACCAGCGCAUCCACAGCGGCGCCAAGCCGUACCCCUGCGCCGAGUGCGGGAAGAGCUUCCGCCACAAGGAGCACCUGACCCGCCACGCCCACGUCCAUGCCACGGAGAAGCCCCACGUCUGCACCCACUGCGGGGAGGCCUACAGCACCCGCACCAACCUGCUGCGUCACCAGAGCAGCCACACGGGGGAGCUGCCCUACAAGUGCCCCGAGUGUGGCCGGCGUUUCGGGGAGGCGGCGGCGCUGGCGGGCCACGCGGUGAUCCACAGCGGGAAGCCCCACGUCUGCCCCGAGUGUGGGAAGGGCUUCCGGCGCGGCUCGUCGCUGCGGGAGCACCAGCGGGUCCACACCGGGGAGCGGCCCUACGGCUGCCCGCAGUGUGGGAAGGGCUUCAGCCAGCGCUCCUCCCUGGUGCUGCACCGGCGCACCCACACCGGCGAGCGCCCCUACGUCUGCGGCGACUGCGGGCGCAGCUUCAGCGUGAGCUCUGCCCUCAUCACCCACCAGAGGCUGCACACCGGGGAGCGCCCUUUCCCGUGCCCGGAGUGCCAGAAGCGCUUCAGCGACCGCAAGGCCCUCAAACGGCACCAGCGGGUCCACACCGGGGAGCGGCCCUACCGCUGCACCGACUGCGGCAAAGGCUUCAGCCAAAGCUCGGCGCUGGCCACCCACCAGCGCAUCCACACCGGGGAGACCCCGUAUGGCUGCGGGGCCUGUGGCAAGCGCUUCGGAGACCUCUCGGCCCUCAAGCGGCACGAGCGCAUCCACACCGGGGAGCGGCCCUACCGCUGCGGCCAGUGCGGGAAAGCGUUCAAGCACAGCUCGGCCCUGGCCCAGCACGGCCGCACCCACACUGGAGAGAAACCCUAUGUCUGUUCCCAGUGCGGCAAAGCCUUCUCCCAGGGCUCCACCCUCAUCCAGCACCAGCGGGUGCACACCGGCGAGCGCCCCUACCCUUGCCCCCAGUGCGGGCGAAGCUUCUCCCAGGGCUCUGCCCUCACCCAGCACCAGCGCACCCACACCAAGGAGAGCAACCCUCUGACGGGGCCCGGCGGGGCCCGGAUCUACCGGGACCCCUUUGUCCAGCCGCGGGAUGAGGACGACGAGGAGGACGGGGUGGGGGAGGUGCUGGUGCUGCCUCCCGGGACGUGGGACGCAGAGCUGGACGUACAGAUCAAAGAGGAGCCGGAGUAUCGGCCUGCCCUGGGCGAGGAGGGGAGCGGCCUGGCACAGGAGCUGGUGGUCGCUGCGGCUGGCUACCAGGCGCCGGUGGGGUUCGAGGAGGUGGCCGUGUAUUUCUCCCAGGAGGAGUGGGGCCUCCUGGACGAAGGGCAGAGGCAGCUCUACAGGGACGUCAUGCAGGAGAACUACCAGACUCUCAUCUCGCUGGGAUUCCCCGUCCCUGACCUGGCCGUGAUCUCCUGGAUGGAGCGAGGGGAAGAGCCGAGGGUCCUGGAUCUCCAGGGCUCCCAGGAAAGGGAGAUCCCAAUAGGCGCCCACAUAGGUGCCGGGAUAGAGAAGGAGAAUUUCCAGCAGGAAGGGCCUGCGGGAGCGGAGCCGAAUGGGACGUCCCAGAGCCCUGAGAGGGGAGAUGGCAGCAGAACAGGACGACAGCGGGCAGAGAAGGAGCCAGGGCGCAGGCGCAGGAGGGCAGGACCCAUCAGCUGCGGGGAUUGUGGGAAAAGCUUCACAAAGAACUCGGAGUUAAUCAAACACCAGCGCACGCACACGGGUGAGAGGCCCUACCAGUGCCCUGAUUGCGGGAGGUGCUUCGCCAUCCGCUCCAGCUUGGAUCGCCACCAGCGGGUGCACACCGGCGAGCGGCCCUUCCCCUGCACCCGCUGCGGGAAAAGCUUCAAGCUUAGCUCGGCCCUGAGCCGGCACCGGCGCGUCCAUGCUCAGGAGGGGCCCUGUUUCUGCGCUGAAUGCGGCAGGGGCUUCAGGCACAGUGCUGCACUGACCCAGCACCAGACUGAGCACUUGAACCAUGGAGACCCCACCAAUGGACCUGUGGGGACACGGGUCUACAAGGACCCCUUCGUCCAGGCACAGGACCUCGAGGGGGAGGCUGGUGGGAUGUGGUAUACUGAGCCUGUGAAAGAGGAGAGUGGGGCAGAGGCAGCUCUACGGGGCGUCUUCCAUGAGCAUUAUGAGACACUGAUUUCGCUGGGAUUCCCCAUCCUUGACCUGGCCAUGACCUCCCGGGUGGAGCGAGGGGAAGAGCUGAGGGUCCCGGAUCUCCAGGGCUCCGAGGAAGGGGAGAUCCCCAGAGGUGACCAUACAGCAGGUGCCGGGACGGCGAGUGAGAACGAGGAGGAGAAUCACCAGCGGGAAGGGCCCGUGGGAGCAAAGCCACAUGGGACAUCUCAGAGCCUCAAGCGGGGAGAGGCCGUCGAGAGCCAGGGUGGGGUGGGGCUGGCACAGGGGAAGGCCCAGGCUAAAUCCGCACACCAGGCACAGCACAGGCGGGUGGGCCGUGUCAUCUGUGGCGACUGCGGGAAGAGCUUUGUGAAGAACUAUGACCUCUUCAAGCACCAGCGGGUCCAUACAGGAGAGAAACCUUACAGCUGCCCUGACUGCGGGAGGAGCUUCGCCUUCCACUCCACCCUCAGCAAACACCAGCACAUCCACACCGGCGCCAGGCCCUUCCAGUGCGCCGAGUGCGGGAAGAGCUUCCGGCAGAAAGGUCACCUGACCCGCCACGGCCGUGUCCACGCCGGGUUAAAGCCCUACGUCUGCGCUCACUGCGGGGCGGCCUACAGCACCCGCACCAACCUGCUGCGGCACCAGAGCGGCCACACGGGGGAGCUGCCCUACAAGUGCACGGAGUGCGGCCGGCGCUUCGGGGAGAUCGCCGCCCUGGUGGCGCAUCUGGUGGCGCACACCGGGGAGCGGGCCCACAAGUGUCCCGAGUGCGGGAAGAGCUUCCGGCGCGGCUCGUCGCUGACGGAGCACCGGCGGGUGCACACCGGGGAGAAGCCCCACGUCUGCCCCCAGUGUGGGGAGAGCUUCAUGCGCCGUGCCACCUUCAACGACCACGUGCGGGGCCACUCAGGGGAGCGGCCCAACGUCUGUGACGUCUGCGGGAAGAGCUUCACCAAGCGGCACUCGCUGCUGCAGCACCAGCGGUCCCACACCGGAGAGAAGCCUCACCAGUGCCCCGACUGCCCCAAGAGCUUCAUCGCUAGCUCCGCUCUGGUGCAGCACCGCCGGAUCCACACCGGCGAGACGCCCUAUCGCUGCGAGGAGUGUGGGCGCAGCUUCAGCCAGCGCUCGGUGCUGACCACGCACCGGCGGCUGCACACCGGCGAGCGGCCCUACAAGUGUGGCCAGUGCGGCAAAGGCUUCAGCCAGAGCUCGGCGCUGACCCAGCACCGCCGCACUCACACGGGGGAGUCGCCCUAUGGCUGCGCCCAGUGCGGGCGGAACUUCAGCGGCAUGUCAGCCCUCAAGCGGCACCACCGGACCCACACCGGCGAACGGCCCUUCCGCUGCGGCCAGUGCGGGAAGGGCUUCAAGCAGAGCUCCACGCUGGUCCAGCACACCAGGAUCCACACGCAGGAGAAGCCCUUCUCCUGCACCCAUUGCGGCAAGAGCUUCAGCCAGCGGUCGGCUCUCGCCAAGCACCAGCGGACUCAUGCCAAGGAGAGCGGCGGCUCCCACGAGGCCGUGGGGACACGGUUCUACAAGGACCCCUUCGUUCAGCCGGGGGAGGGUGGCAGCGAGCCCGAGGAAGUGGUGGUGGUGCUCCCGCCGGGGACGUGGGAUUGUGAGAUGAUCCCACGGGUGAAGGAGGAGCCGGGGACACCCCUGCAGGUGAAGGAGGAACCGGAGCCGCCUCAGCAUAUUCAAGAUGGGCCCUAUCAGGUUAAACAGGAGCAGCCGGAACUGCCACGGGAAAUUAAAGAGGAGCCGGCACCCUCCCUGCAGAUUAAAGAGGAGCCUGAGUUUAUCUCUUUCUCCCAGGCUCUGCUCGAGUCCUGGUUGCAGUUCAAUCAAGCUGGGCAGGAAGUGGUCUCAGACAAGAUGGAUUCCCCCAGCCUCCAGCUGGUGCAACUGAAGUGUGUAUCCCAGGAGGAACUUUCAGGAUCCUGGAGCGCGCCGUCCCAGGAGCCCCGAGAGCGACGGGAAAGGGAUCAGCAUCUGCCCCAGAUAUCCGAGGAGGAGAGCGAUGAUGAGCAGGAGUCCGUGUCAUCAACCCCCAUGGUGGGCUUCCAGGUGCCAGUGUCGUUCGAGGAGGUGGCCGUGUUUUUCUCCCAGGAAGAGUGGGGGCUCCUGGACGAAGGCCAGAGGCAGCUCUACAGGGACGUCAUGCAGGAGAAUUACCAGGCUCUGAUCUCGCUGGCAGGAGUCCCCGUCCCUGACCCGGCUGCGAUCUCCUGGAUGGAGCGAGGGGAAGAGCCGAGGGUGCCGGAUCUCCCGGGCUCCCAGGAAAGGGAGAUCAUGAGAGGCGCCGGCACAGCAGGUGCCAGGAGGGAAAACCCCCAGCAGGAAGGGUCUGCAGGGGCGGAGCUGCACAGGAAGUCCCAGAGCCCAGAGUGGGGAGAGGCAUCCGGUGGCGUGGGAUGGCAGAAGGGGAAGCUGUCUCAGCAGGAAAGACCCAAGGCCAGUGGUCACCCGCGGCCAAGAGAGGGGCCCAUCAUCUGCGGGGAUUGUGGGAAAAGCUUUGGGAAGAGCUCGGAGUUCAUCAAACACCAGCGCACCCACACGGGCGAGAGGCCCUACCAGUGCCCCGACUGUGGGAGGAGCUUUGCCAUCCGCUCCAAUCUCCUCCGCCACCAGCGCAUCCACACUGGUGCCAGGCCUUACCCAUGUGCCGAGUGCGGGAAGAGCUUCCGCCACAAGGAGCACCUGACCCGCCACGGGCACGUCCACGCCGGGUUAAAACCCUACGUCUGCGCUCACUGCGGGGCGGCCUACAGCACCCGCACCAACCUGCUGCGGCACCAGAGCGGCCACACGGGGGAGCUGCCCUACAAGUGCACGGAGUGCGGCCGGCGCUUCGGGGAGAUCGCCGCCCUGGUGGCGCAUCUGGUGGCGCACUCCGGGGAGCGGGCCCACAAGUGUCCCGAGUGCGGGAAGAGCUUCCGGCGCGGCUCGUCGCUGACGGAGCACCGGCGGGUGCACACCGGGGAGAAGCCCCACGUCUGCCCCCAGUGCGGAAAGGGGUUCAUGCGGCGCUCCAUCCUCAAUGGGCACCGGCGCACCCACACCGGCGAGCGGCCCAACGCCUGCGGGGAGUGUGGCAAAGGGUUCACCCAGCGGUCGUCCCUGCUGCAACACCAGCGCACCCACCGGGGCGAAAGACCCUACCCCUGUCCCCAGUGUGGGAAGAGCUUCAGCCAGAGAUCGGCGCUGACCACCCACCGGCGGCUGCACACCGGGGAGCGGCCCUUCCACUGCGCCCAGUGCGGGAAGAGCUUCAGCCAGAGCUCGGCGCUGAUCCAGCACCAGCGGACCCACACCGGCGAGACCCCUCACUGCUGUGGGGACUGUGGGAAGGGCUUUGGGGACCGCUCGGCCCUUAAGCGGCACCAGCGCACCCACACGGGCGAGCGGCCCUACCGCUGCACCCAGUGCAGCAAGAGCUUCAAGCAGAGCUCGGCGCUGACGCAGCACGUUCGGAUCCACACUGGGGAGCGGCCCUAUGUCUGCCCCCACUGUGGGAGGGGAUUCUCUCAGGGCUCGGCUCUGGCCCAGCACCAGAGGACUCAUGCCAAGGAGAGGGGCCUGUCAGACGUGCCCACUGCCAGCCGCCUGUACAGGGAUCCCUUCAUCCGGCCAGGGGAUGUGGAGGAGGGGCAGCAGGGCUGCCCCUGGGGACACAGUGCACCCAGCCAGGCUGAAAGAGAAGCCGCAGUGAUAGAAUCAUAG